CAUAUUCUGAAUCGAGAGCUGAAAAAAGCUAAAGUUUCGGCUCUGUAAGACGAAGAGUACCUCUGGUCCUGAUGUAACGUCACGUAUACGUAUGAUUCUCUCUGUAUUCUGCUGUAUUCUGCUCUGUAGCAAAGAAAGAGAAAAAACUACAUACGUGUUUUACUAACCUGACUUUACUACAGUACAAACUGCAAGAGUACAGUCACAGUGACUACAGUACAUCGUACAACCAACCAGCCUACAACCAGUGGUGACAAAUGUCAAUUGUCAAGUGCAGCUUUGACUGCACCGCAAAUGAUACGACGGUUGUCGGUAAAGUUGAUCUUCUGCUCAAGUGAUGGCUAAUCGCAAAAAAACUAAUGAACCGUCUCGAUCUCUAUCAAAAAAUGUAAGGCGUCAUGUUGACGAGGUGAUGUUUUCGUCGUCAACCUCUUCUUCCGAAGAAGAAGUAUCAUCGGGAUGUCGAAGCUGUAGAAAUACUUCGAAAGAACAUUUCAGUAGAAAUCGCAUUGAAUCGGAUACUCAAAUAGGUCAAGAUACAAUACGCCGCGAAGAGAAUCCUUUUAGUUUUAAACAUUUCCUAAAAAAUGGUUCGCAGACAAAUUAUUAUAAUGCCGGAGCUCGUCCAAAAGUUUAUUCUCCUCUUCCGACAACAAGCCCGAAUAACUUGGAAAAGGACUCCACGGUUUAUUCCCGCAACCCAACAGAACUACCCGACUUUGUACAAGAUCAUCUAGUUAUAGAACAAUGUUAUCUGAACCAUGAACCCAAGCAGCAAGCUAUUUCAGAUCGCGAUUAUCUUCCUGAUUUUGCAUUCAGCGUAGAAGAGAGGCAAUUUCGACUCGAAUCGAGGAUAACCGAACCACCUAUGCACGAUCUUCCAUUCGAUUUGACUGGAAGCUUAGACAAAGGUUUGACUCAUACAAAGCAGUCCGUCCCAAAUGCGGUUUGCGCCACCGAUUUAAAUUUACCCGUUUACGAUAAGCCCAAUACAGGAUCCACGGAACGUCCACAGCCAUCGGGUAGUUGCAAAAUAAUACUUUCUAUCGACAAUUACCGAAUAACUAGAAUUCAUAUAUAUCUAUAUGUAUAUAUAAUUUUCUAUCACUCAGGAUUUCCAUUAGAUUUACCAAUACCUGGAACCGAAUCUGUUACCGGUUCAGAUAUUGCGGCUAACGAAACAAACGUCUCGAAAUCUUUACCAGACUUUUUAAACGACGGCCCUAUUCACAAUAGAACAACGCUGCUAUCCAUAGAUUUUGGAACUAUCACGAAUAGCGUAGAAUUUACAGAAAGACGACUAUCGUUAGAAAAUGAAAGAUUACGUUACGAAUUAGAAUUAGCUCGAAAACAAAUUGGUGACAAAUCGAAGAGGAUUCAAUUAUUAGAAUCAGAAUUGGCAUCUAGAAGAGAAGUAGAGCACGAAGAAACAGUACACCUCGAGAAAGCCAUGGAACAGAGAAGAGCAGUAAACGCAGAAAGUACUGUUACAUCGUUAAAAAAAGAAAUGAAAGCUUUAACGAUAGAAGUAUCACGGUUACGAUUGGAAAAUAAGGAACUUAAAAAUGGUUGUACGACAAAGAGUAGGAAAGAGUGUGGUGGCUCUUCGAGCAUAGAUCUCAGAGUAAGAAGGUUAGCUAACGAUUUAAGAACUGCUGCUUCAUCUGCAGAGGUGUCGUUGAGACAGCUAAUGUUUGGCGUCGACAAUUUAAGAGAACUAGCUUCUGCGCUUGAAAAUGUAGAUAGGAUAGAAGACCGGACCAAAGAUUUUCUACCAGAUUCCGAUGAAGAUAAUGUUGCUGCCGUUGCCGCUGCUGCUGCUGCUGCUGAUCCUGUACUUUAAUACAUUUUUGUAUAUUUCUCUUCCCGUACACCACUAUUCCCUUUAUUUCCAUUUCCCUAAUAAUACAUAUCUCAGCCUGUGCUAAUAAGUUCCUCGAACUCACGUGUGUUCUCACACAUUGACAAUUUUUUCUGGAGUCGAUUGAAUUCAAAGGCACGAUAUUCGUAUCGUAUUUAAUACACCUUUAUGUAUUUAUACUUUUCGUUUUUUCAUUCACACAUCAACUAUAAAUAUGUAAGCGUUAAACAUUUAUUUUUCCUUGACAAAAUAUAUUUAUUUAAACGUUAUUCUGGUUUUUAGUAGCAAUCGCCCGUGAAAAAAGUGUCUUAUCGAUAUAUCAUAUUUCUUCAAGUAAAAAGCUAAAGAUUUUAACUUUUGUAUAUGCGAUUUGAUGAAAACCCGUAAUAUAAUUCCAAUAAACAACAUUAUUCAAUUUCUUUGUAUAAUCUAAAAAUAUCAGCCAAAUAAUUCGAACAAACGAAAUCCUUUUGUGUAUUUUUCUAUUUAAAAAGGCGCGCCUUUGAAUCUCAGAAAAAUUAAUUUCUUUUUAAACAAACUUGUGUAAUUAUAUACAAUAUAUAUGUACAAAUACACGUACACAAUAAAAAAUCACCUUUUCAAAAAGUUGCCCUUAUACGUGACAGAAAAAUCGACUCCAGAUACUUCACAUGUUAGUAUUAUAUUUUCAUUUUCACAUAUAAAAAAUGUAAUUUAACUGAAAACUCCAAAGCUAUAUUCUAAUACUAUAAUAAAGUAAUUUAUAUCUACAAAAUA